UUUAGCCUAUUUUCUAUAUGUGGCGUAUAGGCACUUCCGUAACAAACGCAUCAUCCUUGUGUAUUUAGAAACGACUUUAAUAUAGGAUAUGGUAUACUGUUAAAUGAGAAAUUAUAAAAGUCGUUAAAAACUAAAUUUUAUUUAUAUUUUUCACGGUUCUCUCUAUAUAAAUACGAAGCUAAAAUAUGCUGAGGCUUUUGAUACCUAGGGUUCAAACCCAUUUAAAUAACAGAUAUGGAGUAGCCUGUAUUCAUACUUUUACUAGCAGAUAUCAACAAAUUCAGCCUGCCCAAGAACUUAUUGAACUUUACAUAGAUGAUAAGCCAGUACAAGUUCCUCCAGGUACAACAGUAUUGAAGGCAGCAGCUAUUAUUGGAAUUGAAAUUCCACGUUUCUGUUAUCAUGAACGAUUAGCAGUUGCUGGAAAUUGUAGAAUGUGUCUAGUAGAAAUCGAAAAGCAAAUUAAGCCUGUUGCAGCUUGUGCCAUGCCAGUUAUGAAAGGAUGGAGGGUAAAAACAAAUUCAGAUUUAACACGCAAAGCCAGAGAAGGGGUAAUGGAAUUUCUAUUAGUUAAUCAUCCUCUAGAUUGUCCAAUAUGUGAUCAAGGGGGUGAAUGUGAUUUACAAGACCAAAGUAUGGCUUUUGGAAAUGACCGUAGUAGAUUUAUAGAUAUAAAUUUCAGUGGGAAAAGAGCUGUUGAAGAUAAAGAUAUUGGUCCUCUUAUUAAAACUGUUAUGACAAGAUGUAUACAUUGCACUAGAUGUAUUCGUUUUGCAUCUGAGAUUGCUGGUAUUGAUGAUCUGGGUACAACGGGUCGAGGUAAUGAUAUGCAGGUUGGAACUUACGUAGAAAAACUAUUUAUGUCGGAGAUAUCGGGUAACAUUAUUGAUCUAUGUCCCGUUGGAGCUUUAACCAGCAAACCUUACGCAUUUGUUGCUCGCCCUUGGGAAAAUCAUCGAACAGACAGUAUUGAUGUACAUGAUGCCGUUGGCAGCAAUAUUAUUGUAUCUCAUCGAACUGGUGAAAUAUUGAGAGUACUUCCAAGAGUCAAUGAGGACGUAAAUGAAGAAUGGUUAUCAGAUAAAGCACGAUUUUCUUACGAUGGUCUUAAAAGACAAAGAUUGAUAACACCUAUGCUAAAAAUUGAUGGCAAACUGCAAAAUGUUGAAUGGGAAGAUGCUUUAGUAGCUGCUGCCCGAGCAAUGCAAAAUCUUUCGUCUAAUAAGUGUGCUGCCAUAGCCGGUAAAAUGGCUGACGCAGAAACUUUGAUUUGUGUUAAGGAUUUAUUAAAUUCACUUGAUAGUGAACUUUUAACAACAGAACAACAGUUUCCCAACAGUGGUGUAAGCAUUGAUCUUCGUUGUAAUUAUUUACUGAAUAAUAGUAUUUCAAAAAUUGAAGAUGCGGAUGUUAUUUUACUGAUUGGAACGAAUCCAAGAUACGAAGCACCAAUAAUCAAUAUACGGCUUCGAAAAGGCUACUUACAUGGAGAACAAACAAUUGGGCUUAUUGGACCAAAUAUAGAUUUGACGUAUAAUUAUAAGAACUUAGGAAAUUCUCCGGACAUAAUAUCCCAAAUAAAAUUAGGUUUAAACCCUUUUAGUGAGAUUCUGAAAAAUUCAAGAAGACCUAUGGUCAUACUUGGUGCGGAGCAACUCAAUCGAAAAGAUGGGUCACAUAUACUUGCAGAAACACAAUCAUUAUGUAAAACAAUUGAGAAUCAAGUUAAAAUUGCAAAAGAUUGGAAAGUAAUGAACAUUCUUCAUACAAACGCUUCGCAAGUGGCUGCUUUAGAUCUAGGAUACAAAGCCACUUUGGAAGAAUUACAAAAUAGUGAACCGAGAAUUCUUUUUCUUCUUGGUGCUGAUGAACCCAGCAUUAAAAAAGAAAAUUUUGGAAAAUCUUUCAUCGUUUAUAUAGGAAGCCAUGGAGAUCAUGGGGCAUCAAUAGCUGAUGUUGUUCUACCGGGUGCUGCUUACACUGAAAAAUGUGGAACAUAUGUUAAUAUGGAAGGGAGAGCACAGCAAACCAAUGCUGCAAUUACUCCUCCAGGAAUGGCUAGACCUGAUUGGAAAAUAGUUAGAGCCCUAUCUGAGGUGCAGUACUGUUUGAGAUAUAUUUUUAAAAAACCAUGAAUUUGCCGUUAUUAUGGUUAAUAACAAACAUAGAAAGUAUUUGCUAGGAGGAAAACCAAGUUAUUUCCAAUAAGUGCUAUAAAUAGAACCAAAUCGAGUUGAAAAAUCCAGGGGACAAUUAAAAAAACACCGAAAGGUAACUGGCGUCUGAAUUGCAUGUAACUGCAUAGCAUAUGCAUAUUCGACCCUUGCAGCGAUAAAUAAACGGCUGCAAGCCGUGAAAUGAGUAUGCUCUGUCACUACCUUUGUGAAUAUACUUAUAGAGAUAUUUUAUACUCUGAACAGAUGCAGAAAAUUCAAUAUUUAUGUGGCAUUUGUAUUUCAUUCACAACAAUUUAUUAUAUGGUACAACCAUUGAAUUAUUAACUGGAAUUUCUUUCUUAUUUUUAGUUCUAUAAAUAUGAUUUUUGUAACACAUGCACGAUUUUCGCGUUUUUUGACCUAAAAUUAGGGACAAAAGUAGUUGUUUUCCGACUGGCGGGCGAAAAAAUGCAGCAGCGGGCGCGAAAAUACUUUUGCGGCCGCUACUUAAUUCAUUGGCAAAUCUUCUAAACUCGCGUGAAAUUCAACAAGUGCAGUUUGAAACGCGAGAAUCAGUACAUGCGUUACAAAAAUAUGGUAUGCACCAAUGGCUAAGCGGGCUUUUUGGCCUCGGGUGGUUGCAGUACUCGUCUGCGGCUCGAAAACGCUCUCGUCUUUGGCUCGGGCUAACUCGCCUUGACUCGUACUGCAAACUCUGUCAUAAUAUUGUUCGUUAUCUUUUAUACAUGUAAAUGAACCUAAAUUUGUAUAUUUUUGUAAAGGCUUUCAUGUCCGUUAAUAUAAUAAUAAAUAAAAAUAAAUAAA